CACAUCUCAAUAUCCCGAUCUUAUACACAAAGUACACUUACAUACACUUGCUUCAUUAGGGUUUCCAAUAAACUAGCACGAGUUCCAUGGCUGAGCGUUACGAUCGCGCGGUGACCAUUUACUCACCCGACGGCCACCUGCUGCAGGUGGAGUACGCGCAGGAGGCCGUCCGCAGGGGCUCCACUGUGGUGGGUCUGCGCACCAACAACGCCAUCGUAAUCGGCGUGGAGAAGCGCUCCGUGGGCGAUUUGCAGGAGGAGCGCAUAGUGCGCAAGAUUUGCAUGCUCGACGACCACGUGGUGAUGACUUUUUCAGGGCUCACCGCGGACGCACGGAUCCUGGUGAGCCGCGCCCAAAUGGAGGCCCAGAGCCACCGCCUCAACUUCGAGAAGCCCACGACCGUGGAGUACAUAACGCGAUACAUAGCCCAGCUGAAGCAGAACUACACGCAGAGCAACGGCAGGCGUCCAUUUGGAUUGUCCUGCCUGGUUGGCGGCUUCGACGAGGACGGCACUCCGCACCUCUUCCAAACGGAGCCCUCGGGCAUCUUCUACGAGUGGAGGGCCAACACCACCGGCCGCUCCAGCCAGCCGGUCCGCGAUUACAUGGAGAAGCACGCGGACGAGCUACUGGCCACCGUCGACGAGACGGGGGCCAUCAAGCACAUAGUCCGCACCCUGGUGAGCGUGUCCUCGCUGAAGCACAGCCAGAUGGACGUGGCGGUGCUCAAGUACCGCCAGCCACUUCGUAUGAUUGAUCACAAGGUCCUGGCCGAUCUGGAGCGCACCGUUCGCGCGGAACUGGAGGCGGAGGCGGAGGCCGGUCGGCGGACCCGAGUUCCCUAGUCCUGGUCAUUCUGGCUAUCAUGGUCAUCUUGGUUGCCAUGGCCCCGGGCCAUUUUCAUGACCAAUCAAAAGUUGAUAACCGGUCGAGCUCUCUUCUGCUGGGCAAUUCAAUUUCGGCCGCGGAGUUGGGGAAAAGUAAUCAGCAGGAAAAAUGUGUAAAGCGGGCAAAUCACUUAAUUUGUCUCGAGGGCGUGUUUGUUUGCCUUAUAUCCGCUUAUCUCUACGGCGGAGAUGCGUACGCUCCUUUCAGGCCAACCAAGUUAAAAAGUUUUAAGUGAAAAUGCGAAUUGAAUUUGUAGAGGAAAAACAAGAAAGUGCGCGCACACAUGCAGAAAAUGUUUGCCAAUCAAAA